ACCGUUUCGCGAAUCGCGAGUGUCUCGCGCAAGCGCAUCUGUCCCUUUGGCAAGUGAGAUUAAUGGCCAGUCAGCAGGCAACGACACGAUAAUAAAGAGCAAACUGAGACAAUUACCUACACUCACCUUAGAACGGCCACGUUACACAUUUGGCGUUUAUUCAUAUCUUCGGAUAACCCCGCCCACGAAGAAUCUAACGUACUAACAUCUCACUGCAACUGAUACACUUUCACACAAUCCAGUGAUUCACUCGGCUCCAUUGACCGCACAUCCUGUUUACAUCCUCACGAUCUUAGGUAUCAAGCCACUUGAAAAUAUGCCUCCGAUAAACUUGCACAUCCACAGCCCCAUCAACGCAGCAAAAGCGUCUGAUCCGCAGGACACCAAGACCGCAACUCCAGAGGGGCAGUCAAGCUCAGGAACAGUUCCCAACGCCGGCCCCGAUCCCCAACCCACCGGGACCGCCACUCUCAACCAGCCUACGCCCACCUACCUCACCUCCGACCGGACUCCUCCACCUCCCCAGCCCGGGGCAGUCCCGAGUCUUCCCGCCCAAACCGCGGGGACUGGCACAGCAGCCACCCAAGGGCAAGACGUUGAAUAUGCCCAUCUCCCCCCGCAACCAUCGUCUCAAUACUACCCAGGGAAUCCGGCAGCACCAGCACCACAUGGCCCAAUAACCAGUCCACCGCACCAAAUGUCCAUCCCCCCACCAACCGCUUCCUACAACUACUCCCAACACGGAACGUCUACCACCACCAUCCCACCACCUCCCACGAGAACCCUUCCGACCUAUCUCCCUGCUGGUGCUUCCCCGGCUGAGCUUGGCCUUGGACCCAGACCUAGAGCUGGAUCUGGAUCCAGAGGAGGAGACCUCUCUCAUCCUCCCGGGUACCAACAAGACGCCAUGGCGUCGGAUAUGAACCAGGCGCAGCGCGCAGCGCACGAAUAUGCUGCUUCUCAAGGAGGUCACGGUCACGGUCACGGUCACGGUGGCGAUGACGACGACGAAGGGGUCUGGAACUCGGCGAAGAAAUGGAUUCAGGAUGCAGGGGCAAAGGUGGCGGAGGCGGAGAGUGAGGUAUGGAAGAGGAUCAAUAACCAGAAGUAAUGAGGGAUGGGGCCUGCCAUACAAUACUCGGUGGGGGCCCGGACAUUGUAGUGUCCGUGACUCGGUGGAGAAGGGGAAAGUGGAGGUUUCGAGUCUG